AUGGAGGAGGAAGGGCAGGGGCAGAAGAAGCAGCUUGCGCCCGCGGAGCUCAAGGAGCGCAAGGAGGAUGCGAAGGCGAUGGAGGAGGAAGGGCAGGCGAAGAUGAAGCAGCGGCGGAGCCGGACGAACUUCACCCUGGAGCAGCUCAACGAGCUCGAGCGCCUCUUCGACGAGACGCACUACCCGGACGCCUUCAUGCGCGAGGAGCUGAGCCAGCGGCUCGGCCUCUCCGAGGCCAGGGUGCAGGUUUGGUUCCAGAACCGCCGGGCCAAGUGCCGCAAGCAGGAGAACCAGCUGCACAAAGGUAGGAGCCGGGGAGGGGGGCGGCCGCCCCCUCGGGUUCGGGGUGCGGGAAGGAGAAGCGAGUCCCGGGGGACGGGGGGGACAGGGGGCUCGGGGACUCUCUGUCCUUCCCCUCGGGGGAACCGCGUCGCGAGGGACUUGCGGCUGCUCCCUGGGGGCAAGCAGCGCGACUCCCCAGAGCAGUUCUGGAUCCCCAGUGUGACUACACAACAUUCCCACCGCGAGGACAUGAAAGAAUCGGGAGUGACAAACAAUGCUCUAAUACAGGAGAAGAUAACGUGGCCCGAAGAAUCGGGCCUGGAAAAUCUAGGUGCAGCUUCAUUGAGCUGGCAAGGGGUUUUGCAAAGCAACUACCCGUAA